AUGGCGGUCGCCACGGCGCCACUCGGCACAUACCAUUCCGCGGAGGCACCGUGCCUCGCACGCCGUGCUCAUUCCACCAUGGCGGCGGCCGCGGCUCCUCCCGCGACGGUGUGUUCCCUGGGAAGGCCGGCGCAGGCCGACGAGCAGGCCGACGAGCAGGAGCAGCAGCCUUCGGCAGGCCGGCGCGAGCUGCGCCCGCCGGCGCAGCAGGGCCUGCUGCCCGCGGGCCCCUACUACGCGACGUACCACGGCCACAGCGCGCGGCACCUGGAGCAGGCGCUCGGCGCCCUGCGCCGGGCGCACGCCGCAGCCCCGGGAGGGUCAGGAGGGGCGCCGCGCCUGGCAUCGCUCGGGCGUGUGAUGCCUUUUUUUCUCUCGGCGAGGACCCUCGAG